AUGACGUAUCAGCUACCUAUUACUGCCCAUCUGCUUCGAUUACUGAAGAAGAUUAAAACUCAUUUGUUACCCACGUUCGGAGAAAUGACAGGACUUUUCACGUAUAGGAAGUUUUCCUUAAGUGAUACGCCUCCCCUGACUGGCAAGGUUGCAGUCCUCACUGGAGGCCAGACAGGGAUAGGAAGAGAGAUUACUACCCAGCUGCUUGUCCACGGUAUACGAAAGAUCUUCAUUCUCGGUCGAAGCAAGCAGAAAUUCAGCGAGGCGCUGGAGUACUGGCGUUCACGGAGGUAUACUAUCGAAUACGACGACAAGUCGAGACUGAGUUUCGUCCAGUGUGACCUGGCCGAUAUUCGCUCGGUUAAGGAUUCUGCAGAUCAGAUCAUGAAGGCUACCGAUCGGCUAGAUAUUGUGAUAUGCAACGCAGGCUUAGGCAUCGCGAACCAAUACAAGCUCUCUCCUCAGGGCAUUGAGGCGACAUUCGCGACCGACGUCGUCGGCCAUCAAGUCCUCGUCACUUUGCUCCUCCCUUUCCUCAAGAAGACGGCGGUCGAUUACAAGACUGACACCCGUAUCAUCGUCACCAGCUCAAGUCUUCACAGUCUCUGCCGCCACCUGGAUCUGAACCUGCUGAAGUCGCCCACACCUACGAGGCCCGCAUACUACGACGGCAUCUGGCGCUAUGGCCGCUCCAAGCUGGGGAGCCUUCUAUUCACAAGGGAGCUUUCACGACGGCUGCUUGCCGAUCCGGACCCAGCUAGCAAGAACAUUUACGUUAAUGCGUUUUUCCCAGGAAACAUUGCCACUGAACAGGCGGAUGUUUGGAAGAAGUAUUUGGGAGGCCUUCUAGGCUGGCUGGUCAAGAAAUUCCUCUCCGUUUUCGGUCAAAGCACCGAAGACGCUGCCGCCUCAGCUAUGUAUCUCGCGGCAAGUAAGGACAUUUCUGAUGGUGCCGGUACGCGUGGGCAAUAUUUCGUUCCCAUUGCCAAAAAGCGCCGAACAAGUUCCACAGCCGAAGACAUGAUACUUGCACGAAGUCUUUGGAACUGGAUAGACAGACAGGCAACAGAGACCCUUGGGGAUGAAUGGCCAGACAGCAGGCAGUGA